UAUUUCGAGGGCUUAUGAUGAUCAUAAGACUAGGGUGACCUCGAAGCAACGCGUCCUCAAUGUCCUUUUGGUUGUUGGUGAUUGCAUGCUUGUUGGUCUACAGCCUGUGUUGGUGUACAUGUCUAAGGUGGAUGGCAAGUUCAACUUCAGUCCUAUUAGUGUCAACUUCUUGACGGAGAUUGCUAAAGUUGUUUUUGCCAUUGUGAUGCUUUUAGUCCAGGUAUGUUUCUGAAAUGACUUGAGCAUGUACACUUUAGUAUCUAGGACUCCUUGCUAGAUGUUUCUUCUGCGUUAGAAGAUGAAAAGUACUAGAUGUUUAUUGGCUAUUAUCUCCAAGUUUGUUUUGUAACUUUGCUUUUUCUUUUUUAUUCAUUGGAGUUCUGAUGUUGAUUAACUCGUAUUUUGAAUGUGAAAAGGAUCCCACUCGGUUAAUCUAUUUUUGACUCGCUCGCUUUUCUGAGGAUGGAUCUAUUACUACUUGAUUGUUUGUGUUCAAGUUGUAGGCCAAGCACCAAAAAGUUGGGGAGAAGCCACUUCUAUCUGUUUCAACAUUUGUCCAGGCAGCUCGAAACAAUGUGCUUCUUGCUGUUCCAGCCCUGUUGUAUGCAAUCAAUAACUAUCUCAAGUUCACAAUGCAGGGAGAUGAUCUACUGUCUGAGGUUUUGGCUUUAUAAGAAUGGCAUGUCCUGUGUUGUUCAGCAAAUGAUUUUCCUUCUAUAUUUCAACCCUGCUACUGUGAAGAUGCUUAGCAAUUUAAAGGUUUUGGUCAUUGCUGUUCUACUGAAGAUGGUAAUGAAGCGGCGGUUUUCCAUCAUUCAGUGGGAGGCACUUGCUCUGUUGCUGAUAGGGAUUAGUGUAAAUCAACUGCGCUCUCUUCCUGAAGGUGCUACCGCCAUUGGCAUUCCUCUUGCUACGGGUGCAUACAUCUGUACCAUUAUCUUUGUUACUGUCCCAUCAAUGGCAUCUGUCUUCAACGAGUAUGCUCUGAAGAGUCAGUAUGACACAAGCAUUUAUCUACAGAACUUGUUUCUUUAUGGCUAUGGUGCGAUAUUCAACUUUAUUGGCAUACUAGCAACUGUUAUAUAUAAAGGUCCUGAAAGCUUUGACAUCCUACAAGGACAUUCAAGGGCAACCGUGUUUCUAAUAAUGAACAACGCAGCACAAGGGAUUCUAUCCUCCUUUUUCUUCAAAUAUGCAGAUACAAUCUUGAAGAAAUAUUCAUCCACAGUAGCCACAAUAUUUACCGGCAUAGCAUCUGCAGCACUCUUUGGACAUGUGAUAACCAUGAACUUCCUUCUUGGGAUUUCCAUCGUUUUCAUUUCAAUGCACCAGUUCUUUUCACCCCUUGCCAAAGUGAAAGACGAGCAUCAACAGAACGGUAGCCUAGAAUUAAGCAAUGCAAAGGAUACACACAGGGCUGAUGAUUCAUUCAUCAACAUGGCCGCAGGAGCAAAUGAAGAGGCUACUCAACGUGGUGAAUCAGACGAUAGAACACCGCUUCUUCCCAGAUGAAAUGUUUCUUAAAAAUAGAACCAAAUCUAGGUUGCAGAAAAUGUGCAUCUUUCCACUAAAAGAGUAUAAGCUGAAUGCUAUUAAUAAGGAGAGUCGUCAUCUACUUUUGUACCUUGUCGCUGCAGGAUUUUUGAACUCACAAGGAGUAUGUUCCAGGUUGCAUAGUGAAGCAAAUUUUGAUGAGACCAACUCUUUAGCCUCUCAAGAGUCGGUUUUAAGUUCGUGGAAGAACCUCUCAUGUCUAUAGAUGUAUUGUCUUAAGAUAGCUUGAGCAAACUUCGUUAAGUGAUACAUAACAUUUUGUAUUCUUUGUUUUUUUUGUGAAGGUAACUUUUCUGCU